GGAUUGAUACAGCUCCGAUGGAGGAAGAAUAAGGAAGAGGAGUUAUCGAGACGAAGAGGAAGAAGAAGAAGAAGUGAGAUUAUACAGCGAAGAAGAAGGAGUCAUCAUCAACAUUCUUUUUGGUCGUUGCGAAUAAAAAACCGACGAUGUGAUUUCGAUAUAUAAGGCCCAUUUUUGGCCCGGUAUAUAUUGGCCCAUUAAUGACCCGUUUGAAAAUUCAAAAUUAUCGCGCGAGAGAGAAAGAAGAAGUGUCUCUUAAGAAAAAUAGAAACAAGAAGAGAGAAAAUGUGAAAGUUUACUAUUUGAAAGAUUAUGUUAAAUGUUUUCUUUUUCGAAACUUGAUUAUGUUAAUGUUUUGAAAAGCUUUUCUGAUAUGUGCCGAAAUUUAAUUGUUAAAUAUCAUAUAUAUUUUUUUUAAUUUGGUGUGAUUAGAAACUCAUUAUGUUUGUUAACUAAUGCUUAUAAGAUUUGACAGUUUCUUGUUAGUAUAAAAUUUUCCCUUGAAAACUAGAUAUUUUGUGUAAGGACUGCAACUUUUUAUGCUGCUUACUGCUUGGGUGAUCAAUUAAGAGACCUGGGUAAUUAAUUACACGCUAAUCAUUCGUUCAAAUAAUAUUUGUUAACCAAACUAAAAUAAACUCAUGUUUUGGAAACUGGAAAAAUUGUAUAGUAUAUGUUAUCAUCUGGUCUGUUUUGAGACAGACCAAGGAGGGUCUAUGAUUUAUCUAGAUGGGCUGCUUUUUUUGUGUGUACCAAUCUCAAAUUUUCUGUGACAUUAACAUUGUAGAGAGGUUCGUUAAUUAGUUCAAUUUCAUAUGUAAGUUUGUGAAAUAGUAGGUAUAAACUGCAAUAAAAAUCUUAAGGCCAGCAAAACGUCAUUGUCUAUGUCGUUAAUGCAAACACAAGCCUUGUUUAUUUCCUUUAUUGUACAGUUUCUACUCAAUGUCAAAAUCAACUACUAAUACUUUGAUUUCUUUUGGCCCUCUACCACUGCAAUCUAUUGGUAAUAAAAUCAUACCCAUCUCUCAAUACCAUAAGAGGAAAUGUGUUUUUGAUGCAUUUAACAUAUAGCUUGGUACAUAUUUAUCUAUAUUUGUGUAUUUAUAAAAUGUGCAGAUAUAAUGAAGAUAAUUGUGGAGGAAUAUGAUGAAAAUGAAGUGGCAAGUGAUCUCCUGCUAGAUAUUAACACAGGAUAUUAAUGCAACACAGAGUCCCCAUACUACAAUAACAUUGGUCUCAAGUAACUUCCAAUUAUAGUAAUAAACAGACACGUUGCAGGCAUGAGCAUCAUGAGUAAGUAGCCUCCAUUCAAUUCCUCUCUCUCUGCUUCUUAAUCAUGAAACUACCUCUUUGUCUCUUUCUUUCUUUAUUUUUCUUUUUCCACUCAUCAAAUCUGAUCGAAAAUAGCCUAGCUAUACUCAUUAUUCUCCAAUAUAUCUGACCAAACAUGUAACAGACUAUAAAACCCUAAUAAAUGAUCGUCCAUAUAUACACUUAAAGACAACCUCAAGUAAUGAUAAAUUAAAACAACCUCUUCUAUAUAACACAGUAAGUUCUCCUCCAUAUCUCUUCCUCUUCCUUAAAUCACCAGCAAGCUCAAAAUUCAAGUCUCUAUCUAUCUAGGGUGAGUAUCAUCCUUAUUCAUCAUCAGCAUCUGUUGGAGAAUAUGAAGAGGACACAUUUGGCAAGUUUCAGCAGCAAAAACAAAACUCAAGAAGAUCAAGAAGGUGACACUAGUGGUAACGACAGAGUCAUCAUGAAUCUCUACAAUAGCUAUGAAGCUGGGCUGAUCCCAUGGCCUCCCAAGAACUACACUUGCAGUUUCUGCAGGAGAGAUUUUAGAUCUGCUCAAGCACUUGGAGGACACAUGAAUGUUCACAGAAGAGACAGAGCAAAACUCAGACAGAUCCCUUCUUGGCUCUUUGAACCUCACCAACAACACGUACCUGUUGGCAACCCUAACCCUAAUUUUGGCUCUUCUUCUCCUUUAACAAUGCCAGCUCAUCUUGACCCUUCCCUAACCAACCAGAUAUCCAAAACGAGUACGUUUUCUUCUGACCGGUUCGAUUUUCUGGAUAAUACUAGCCAUGGAGGUUUGAUGAAGGAAAGAGAGAAGAAUAAGAGCAAUGUGUGUAGCAGAGAGCUCAAGAAGAGUGCCAUAGAUUCAUCAUGCCAUGCUGCAAAAUGUGAGAUAAGUCGUGGGGAGAUGAACAAGAAACAUGGAUUCACGAGGUUGGAGCUUGGGAUGGAUUUGAGGAAUCCAAACCAAGUUCUUGAUUUGGAGCUUCGACUUGGCUGCCUUUAAAUAAUUAACUUUAAUUAAUAAUUUAACUACGAGAUUAUAUGUAAGGUAUGUAUGUAUGUGUAGCUGAGCAGUGAGCAAGAGAUUGUGAUUGCAUUUAGGCUAAUGAGAUUUAAUGGUAUUACGUGCUUUUUAAGGAAAUGCAAGUUAAAAAUAAAAAUAAACAAAGUUGGAAAAGGCCGAUCCAGUUUCUUUCUAGGGACCAGGGGCUUUGUACAUUUACAAAUUUGGUUAAAAAAUAUUCAAGAAUUCAUUUUAAAUUUGAGUUAAUUUUUGUAUAAUAUUUUUUGUUAUUUUUCCUAUUUUCCAGUAUAUAGGAAAAUAUUGAUAAACAAAACACCAACACUUGUAUUUUUUUUUUUUACUUUAUUAUUGGUGUUAAGUUUGUCAAAAAACUUUUUGGUAAAAUUAAGUUUAAGUUUGUCAAUUUCAAGCAUCCAAUACGUAAUUUGUAAAAUAUGAAAUAGUAUAACAUUAUAGUCAAUAUAUAAUAAUCUAUAAAUUCAUAGUAGAAUUACGUAAAGUAGGAAGCUAGAUAAAAAUGAGAUAAAGUGGCUUGCAUGUGUAUGUGGGUAUUAAGAAAGGAAAAAGUGAUAAAGAUUGCAUUAUUAUGAGAUGGGUUGAUGUCUGAUGAGACACAGAGACGCAUGCGACAAAGUGGUACUAUGAAACAAAUAAAGAUGGAUGAUGAUCAAUUGACUUAUGAAUAGUUAAUGUUUUCAUCUUUUUUCACUCACCAUCACAUCUAAAGCUUAGUUUUGUAUAAUAAUUACAUAUAUUAUGAUAUGUAUAACUCUCAUGCAUGUCAUGGUAUGUGUGUGUUAAACUGUCUGAUAUAAACUAUAUGUAUGUAAGCUCUCAAAAAGAAAACUAUAUGUAUGUAUCCAUACAUAUACUAAUAAUGAGUUGCUAAAAAAAAACAUAUACUAAUAAUGAAUGUACAGAGUAGAGGCAGAUCAAGAGCAAAGAAUGUAGGAGACAAGAUUAGAAAAUCAGAAAACAAGUGAUGUGAAAAGGAAACAAGAAAAUGGAAUGUUUGGUCAAUACAUUUGGGAUGUUUGUGGUUUCCCAUGAACAAAUUUAAUCUGACAUUUUCCAUCUUCCCCAACAAUUUUAAUUCAAUAUACAAACCCCCAUCAUCACCUUUCCAUUUUUAGAAUCUAUCACUUCCCUCACUAAUCUCUACCUUCCCGAUCGAUUCUUCCCUUUUCUAUGAAUAAUAAUUACAAUGAGCUUGUUUGUGUUUGAGUGAUGUGAAAGGUAAGAGUUUUUUCGUCAUGCACUCCAAUAUUUUCUUCUUCUUACAUAUUUUCCCGAGUUUCUUAGAUUUCUUAUUCUUAUAUUGCAAUUCUACUCGCACCAGUUGAUACUAUAAGAAAGUCUUUAGGUUUAGUUGUUGCUUCUUGUAAUGUGAGGAAUUGAUUAGAGCAAACACAUAGAUUAAUAGGCUAAAAAUGUAAGACUUAAAGAAUUUGUUAACUGUCCAAUCACAUUGACUUCUGUCUCAAUCUCAAAAUCACAUGUUUCUAGUUAAUUGUUAUGUCCUCUCACCGGCUCUUUUCAACCCAAGAUUCUCUUUACUUUGUCUACGGUGACUGAUCUCUAGAACCGCGUACAUAAUUAUACUCUAAUAUAGGAGUUGAAUGUGAGGAAAAAUAUUCAUAUUUCGACCAAAGAACACAAAUGAAAAUGAGAACGUUGCUAUUUGAAAUAAGUAGUUUUAUUGAUCCGUUACUAACAAAAUUAACACCGAAGCAUCAGUGGUCUAGUGGUAGAAUAGUACCCUGCCACGGUACAGACCCG